GUGAAAAAAUUGGAUAAGUUUGCGAACGGCACACGACCGUUAACGAGUCCUUCGCUCGCUGAGCCUCGCUCCCCGGCGCACCGAGAAGCGAAUAGACUGUGAAACUGACAAAAGCACGGCGCCAUAUUGCGUGCUUGGUGUUUGGUUAACAUUUCGGGCGCGUGGUGAAGAAGAGUUUGUUAAUCUUAAUUAAUAACGAUGUCCGACAAUCAGGAACAGAAACCCGAAGCCGGCCCGGGUGACGCAAACUCCGAGUACAUCAAGCUGAAAGUCGUCGGAAACGAUAGCAACGAAAUUCACUUUAGGGUAAAGAUGACCACUCAGAUGGGCAAGCUGAAGAAGUCCUAUAGCGAUCGCGUGGGUGUACCUAUGACAUCGCUUAGGUUUCUCUUUGAUGGUAAAAGAAUCAACGACGAUGAAACACCAAAGCAGCUGGAAAUGGAAAAUGAUGAUGUCAUUGAAGUAUAUCAAGAGCAAACAGGUGGUCGUUAACUAAGCUAGGAAGAGGAGGAUCAUUUCGUUCUAAUAUUUUAUAAAGUGAAAGUGAAACUAUUGUAAACAAAAAAAGGACAAAUUUCUAAGUAUGCAUAUACACAUAUACACAUAUACACUCACACAUACAUAAACAUACAACACAUAUACAAACGUUACACAUACAUAUAUGAUUAAAUAAGAGGCAAUUUCUUGAUUUCACGUACGAUAUUGUAAAAUGUGUUGUCUUACAUUCCUGUACCGAGGCGAAUCGUCAUCCGAGGAGAUUAGACAACAAAUCCCCGGAUCGGAUUUUGUAAAACACGUGUGCGGGCAGUCGCAUCUCAAUAUUGCAUACUGUGUAUCCGUUUUCGUGUGUCGUCAGGGCAAUUCUCAGAAAUAGAUUAAUUGAUUUGUGCGCCAUUAUAAAUGCGUUUCACAUUCGCUAGCUCCUUGCCCAUUCAAACUUGUCCCCUGGAAAUCUCAUGUUUUUUUUUUACUUUUCCUUUUUCUCUUCGCCUUUCUAUAUUCGAAUACAGGAAAACGAUGUGUAUAUGAUAUGACAAAAUCGUUAUGUUUAAGGUAAUAGUAAUAGUAAAACUUCCUUCGAAUAGAAAUUUACACCGCGCUUAAAACCUCGGGAGCAUUUAGAAUUGGCAUAAUUCAUCAUUUUAUUCUCUUAGAGUUACGCUAAUACUUAAAUUCUACUAAUCUUAGUACGUGCACUUUUCAUAUAAAUAUAAUCAUAAAUACUUUUCAUAUAAAACUAAUCAUAAAUACAAAUGCUCCCCAGAGAAAUUCAUCUUCUGACAGUUUUUCCCGCAACCGAAAUGUUACUCAUCUUUGCAAUGAAAUACCAAAUUUGUAUGUAUAAACGUAUGAUAUAAAAACCAUGUAUCUGAAAUUUAUAAAAUAAAUAGCGAGAAAAAA